AUCUCUUUGUUUGUCCCAGGUGUCUCAGGCCUCCAAGGCGUGGGGAGAGGUCCCGCUUCCAGAAGAUUUGGAAUCAGAAAAAGAUGUCCGGGCAUCUCGGAGUUUACUGGACGAUGAUGAGGACUUCGCAGCUGACGAAGCUUCAGGAGACCUGCCGAGUGGGGAGGAAGAUGGCAGCACUCCAGAUCCCGACAGCACAAUGUAUUACAGAGCUCUUGUCAACUUCACCGACUCUGUGGUGUACAGCCCUGAACUUGACGACAUCAACUCUGCAGAUUUUAAGGAUGUUUCAGAGGCAGUGAUGGAUACGCUGGAGUCGGAGUACAACAAGAUUCCAGGUGUCCAGACGGUCAACGUGGUCCUCAUUAAGAAAUUAAUUAGGAAGGACGGCGUUGAUGUGUUUGUGGAGCUGGACGUAGGUUCUGAUAACAACAACAAUGAAGAACAGAUCCGAAGGGUGCUCUACGACGUGGUGAACGAGGGAACCAUCGCCUCCUACGUCACAUCAGUCCAGGGGUUUGAGUUCAGGAGGCUUGGAACAGUAGAAUAUCUUCCUUCAGUGGACCCUAUAGCGGUGCCAGUGACCACCAGUGAGAGACCGUGCACUACUGACGAACACAGGUGUGGAGAUGGAACGUGCAUCCCAAUGGAGUACCUGUGUGACAACAGACCUGACUGCAGGGACAUGAGUGAUGAGAUCAACUGUGAUGCAAUCAUCACACCAGCAGCCUUCACAACCCCCGCUACCACUACCACCACCUUCAUCGGCCCCGACCCUGGCCCUGGGGUGUCGGGGCCUCGGCCCCCGUUUACACCCUGCAGAGAGGAUCAAGCCAAAUGCCAGAGCGGGGAAUGUAUAGCUCGAAAUUUUAUCUGCGAUGGAGAAAGGGACUGCGCUGAUGGAAGCGAUGAAUCAGGAUGUGGCACCCCGUCUCCUUGUGAGCCCAACGAGUUUAAAUGUAAAAACGGUCGCUGUGCCCUGAAGCUCUGGCGCUGUGAUGGAGAUAACGACUGUGAAGAUAACUCUGAUGAAUUAAACUGCCCCACAAAAGGCCCAGGUGAAAGGUGUGGUCCUGAGCAGUUUGAAUGCCAGGUGGAUCACACCUGCAUCCCGGCUAGUUACCAGUGUGAUGAAGAGUCCGACUGCUCCGACCGCUCCGACGAGAUCGGCUGCACCCCUCCCUCUGUGACAAGCCCACCAGAGGAGUCGGUUCAGGCAGCGCGGGGGUCGACGGUGACGUUCACCUGUCAGGCCGUUGGAGUUCCGACGCCCAUCAUCACCUGGAGGCUCAACUGGGGACACAUUCCUCCCAGUGGCAGGUUUACGAUGACCAGUAAGAACGGCCGUGGGACUCUGAUUAUUCGUGAUGUAAAGGAGUCGGACCAGGGAGCGUACACCUGUGAGGCCAUCAAUGCUAAAGGCCUGGUGUUUGGGAUCCCUGAUGGAGUUCUAACUCUCACGUCAAAUCCAAACCCAGGAAUCUGCCCCAAUGGUUUCUUCAGUGUGGACGGACGCUGCGUCUCCUGCUUCUGCGCCGGCGUCUCCACAAGCUGCAAGAGUACCGGGCGCUACCGCAACCAGAUCAGCCUGCGCUUCACCGACGAGGACGACUACAAAGGAGUAAACGUCUCCUACCCUUUCAGACCUGGCACUCCUCCUCUCUCCUCCACUCAGCUCCUCAUUAACCCCGAGAUGGGGGAGUUUCAGCUUGUUGACUUGUCUCGCCGUUUCCUCAACCUGGAAUCCUACUGGACCUUACCUGGCCAGUUCCUGGGCAACAAGAUCGAUUCUUAUGGAGGAUCUCUGAAGUACAAGGUGCGAUACAUCCUGGCGCGUGGUCUGUCAGAGCCGGUGGUCAGGCCCAACGUGAUCCUGGUUGGAAACGGACGCAGACUUGUGUAUCUCAGGGAGCCCCAGGGCACCCCACCAAAUGUGGUCAACCAUAAAGUGAUCCGCUUCACAGAAGACCAGUGGCAGAUGUCCAACGGGCAGCCUGUGAGCCGCGAGGAGCUGAUGAUGACGCUGGCCAACCUGGAGAGCAUCAGCAUCCGCACCAUCUACGACAACCACAUGGUCAGCGUGGCGCUCAGUGACAUUGUCAUGGAUACCACCUCUGUGGAGUUCACCACUCUGGAUCGGGCUAAGAAUGUGGAAGAAUGCAGAUGUCCUUCUGGAUACACGGGCCUGUCUUGUGAAAUGUGUUCCUCUGGUUUUGAGCGAGUCCCUGGUGGUUCUUACCUUGGCACUUGUGCUGGGUGUAACUGUAAUGGACACGCAACGGCCUGCGACCCCAUCAGUGGACACUGCCUGAGCUGCCAGCACAACACCGAAGGUCCUCAGUGUAACAAGUGUCGACCCGGUUUCUUUGGCGACCCGAGUCGAGGUCGUUAUGAUGACUGCAAGCCAUGCCCCUGCCCAUACAGCGAGUCCUUACGACGGUUUUCUGACACCUGCUUCCUGGGUUUUGACCAACAGCCAACAUGUGACGCCUGCAGGCCUGGGUACACAGGGAGAAGAUGUGAAAAGUGUGCCCCUGGUUACCAGGGUAACCCACUCCUGCCUAAUGGAAGAUGCACUCCUACAGAAAGCUCCAGUUGUGAUAACAGAGGAACCAUCAGCUCCAGCAGUAGGCCCUGCAGCUGCAAGAACAACGUGGCAGGCUCUCAGUGUGACGAAUGCAAGCCGGGAUUCUUCCACCUAUCUGACUCCAACCCUGAAGGCUGCAUGCGCUGUUUCUGCAUGGGGGUCACCAAAGAGUGUGCCAGCUCGUCCUGGAGCAGAGAACAGGUGAGAGGAGGAACCGACGGGCGCCUCUUCUCUCUCACCGACAGCACCAACACUCAAACGAUCUCUGAAGGAAUCUCCCAGAGAGGCUCUGAAGUGGUCUACCGGCCCUUCCCAAGUGGUCCCAGCACCGUCUUCUACUGGGUGCUGCCUGAGAGCUUCACAGGGGACAAAGUGACUGCGUAUGGUGGCGAGCUUCUCUACACGGUGAGGUUUGAACCGUAUCAGCGCUCUGCGGUGACUGACGGUCAUCCAGACGUGGUUCUCCAAGGGAACAACAUUUUCCUGGAGCACUACACCAAGACGAAGCCCCUCCCUCGGUUGUCUCAAACGAUCUCUGUGACUUUCAGAGAGUCGGAGUGGCGUCGUGCUGACGGGCAACCGUGCACUCGUGAGCAUCUGCUGAUGGCACUAGCUGACAUCUCGGUCUUCAUGAUCAGGGCCACGUACGCAGACAACAUGGCUGAAACCAGUAUCUCGGACAUCAAGAUGGAUGUUGCUGUUCCUCAGUCCUCUGAUAGCAAACCUGCUCUGGAGGUGGAAGAGUGUGCCUGUCCCCAGGGCUACAGAGGACCAUCCUGCCAGGAGUGUGAUGAAGGCUACACACGGACCACUGGUCUCUACCUGGGCACGUGUGAGAGGUGUGACUGUAACGGUCACGCCAGCAGCUGUGACCCGGAGACCGGCAGGUGUCUGCAAUGUCUUCAUAACACUGCUGGACCGAAAUGUGAGCGCUGCCUGCCUGGUUUCUAUGGAGACCCUCUGAGGGGGGGACCUCAGGCCUGUCAGCCCUGCCCCUGUCCUGGCACAUCUCCCAACAACCAGUUCUCCUCAACCUGCUAUCGGGGCGCCGACGGAGAGCCAGUCUGUGACAAGUGCCCACCUGGAUUCGCUGGCGGGCGCUGUGAAAGAUGUGCUCCUGGAUAUGUUGGCAACCCACAGUUUGGAGAGAGAUGUGUAAUUGGCAAUGAAGUCAACGGUAACUGUUAUAACUGUGACCAAACGGGAAGUGAAAGCUGCCAGGGUGGUGCGUGUCAAUGCAAGAUGAAUGUUGAGGGCCGAUCUUGUUCCGGCUGUAAGCCUGGAACUUUCCAUCUGAGCCAGGAAAACAAAGAUGGCUGCUUGUCCUGCUUCUGUAUGGGUGUCACUCAGCAGUGUUCCAGCUCUUCAUACUACAGAGACCAGGUCUCCACAGCUUUUUCUCCAAGAAACUUCCAGGAUUUUGGUCUGGUGAACCGCCAACGAACCAGUCGUGUUUCUACUGGCUUCACCGUGGAGAUUUCCACUGUUGGCACUCAGCUGUCCUACAGCAACUUUGACAACCUAGGACAAGGUCCUCACUACUGGCAGCUUCCAGAGGUUUACCAGGGAGAUAAGAAAGACUCUAACAAUGCUCGUGUGAAAAGAGCACAUCAGGCUGAUGUCAGAAAGCUGGAUGCCGAGGUCUGGGCACUCCUGUCUAAUUUCUCCUAUGGUCAAGUUGGUUCCUCUCCAUUCUACUCCUCCUCUAAAACCUCUUCCCGACACCCAACUUCCUCUUCCUUUCACUGGUCUUUACAUAACUUCAGCCCCCCCUCCCUUCCAUUUGACAUCUCUUCUUCUGUUAAACCAACUCGACCUCAACCUUACUCCCCAGGUCAUGCUCCCCGUCCUAAGAGCAAGAACAAGACUCCCAGCACUUCUGGGAGCAGCAGCAAGUACGCUCUGGUCUACAAAGGUUUCAACACACAGCAGGAUGAUGUGCUCUACUGGCAGCUCCCUGGCCAGUUCACAGGGGAAAAGGUGGGUUCUUAUGGUGGUAAACUUAAAUACACCAUCUCCUAUGUGGCUGGUCCAAGAGGAACGCUCCUAGAAGAGGCUGAUGUCCAGAUUAUUGGUAACGACAUCACCCUGGUCGCUCGUCAGACCUGGCAAAGGAGGCAGCAGGGCAGCAGAGAGAGCAAACAGUUUGAGAUCAUCUUCAGGGAGGAAUAUUGGAAGCGACCUGAUGGCAUGCCGGCCAACCGAGAGCACCUGAUGAUGGUUCUGGCUGACCUUGACGAUAUCCUGAUCCAAGCAUCCUACUCCACAGAGAUGAUCUCAUCUAGCAUCUCUGACAUCAGCAUGGACAUUGCUGUGCCAAACUACAGCGGCCUGGCACAGGCCCUCGAGGUGGAGCAGUGCCGCUGUCCACCUGGGUACCAGGGACUCUCCUGCCAGGAUUGUGCACCAGGAUACACUCGCACAGGUGGAGGUUUAUAUCUGGGCCACUGUGAGCUGUGUGAGUGCAACGGCCACUCCGACUCAUGCCAUCCUGAAGUUGGCAUCUGUACGAGCUGCCUGCACAACACUGAGGGUGAGCUGUGUGACCAGUGUGCUCCAGGCUUCUUUGGCGACCCAACUGCUGGCACUCCAGAGGACUGCCAGCCAUGCUCCUGUCCUCACACUGACCCAGACAACCAGUUCUCCCCUACCUGUGAGAGCCUCGGUAACGGAGACUACCAGUGCACCGCCUGCCAGCCUGGCUACACCGGACAGUACUGUGAACGGUGUGCUCCUGGGUAUGUGGGCAACCCACAGGCAAGGGAAAAGUGUCGUCCAAAGGAUGCUGCAGCCUCCUUGGUAGUGAAAGUAUAUCCUGAGAAGUUCAAAGCCACGCAGGGCAGCUCGGUCACUCUGCGUUGUCAGGUGUCUGGAUCUCCUCCACACUAUUUCUUCUGGUCCAGAUUGGAUGGACAGCCCAUCACAAACGGUGCUGAAAGACUCAAACAAGGAGCAGAGCUGUACUUCCCCAGCGUCCGGCUGGCUGAUUCUGGCGUCUACGUCUGCACCUGCCGGGACCAGCGCAGCACCAACAGGAGCCAUGCUGAAAUUAUUGUUGAAGGUGGUCCAGCUAAACCCAUCGUGGUCACAGUGGAGGAGCCCAAAUCUCAGACCAUGAGGGUCGGCUCCACUGUCAACUUCAUCUGCACAGCAAAGAGCAAGUCCCCAGCCUACACCCUUGUGUGGACCCGAAGAGGUAUUGGGAGACUUCCGAACCGGGCCACAGACUUCAACGGCAUCCUGACGAUUCAGAAUGUGCAGCCUGAGGAUGCAGGCAUCUACAUUUGCACCGGUUCUAACAUGUUUGCCAUGGAUGAGAGCACUGCCAGCCUCUACGUGCCAGAGGCCUCACAGACUCAGAUGUUUUACACAGCCUAUGAAAUGUUUGAAGGACACAGAAAGCCUGCUGAGGGGGCGCAGCCUGUUGCCACCAUCACUCCCUCAGUGCUGAACGUCCAGCAGGGUCAGCGGGCUGAGCUUCGCUGCACGGUGACCGGGAACCCAACCCCCGCUGUUGAAUGGAUCGGAGGCCCUGGGAACAGAAUGAGUCCCAGAGCUGUGGUAAGAAACGGCGUCCUGACGUUCUCAAGUGUAGACUCGUCUGAUGAAGGAGAGUACAUCUGCAAGGCCUUGAACACUCAUGGCGAGCACACCGCUCGGGCCUUCAUCUACGUCCAACAAUCAAACCCAAGCGGCCUCGGCAGCGUGCCUCAAGUUCAAGUCAGUCCACAAAGCGCCGAGGUCCACGAAGGAGACUCCUUGAGGUUGUACUGCAGAGCGUCCGGCUCGCCAACCCCAAAGGUCACCUGGGUGAAGAAUGGAGGACGAAUCCCUCCGCAGGCCAUUCCCUCUCACGGUUUCCAUCAGUUUAAAAGCAACAGUCUCGAUGUGUUACAGAGACGUAUUGAGGAGCUGCAGGCCCGAACGGACCGCACGGACAUCGGAACUCUGCUCAUCCCUGACAUCAAGGUGGCCGACUCUGGCACCUACAUGUGUGUCGGCAGCAACAGUGUCGGCUCAAAUAGUGCUCCCAUCAAAGUUGCUGUGCUCAAAACAGCAGACCAGAGCUUAUCAGUUGUCACCAUCCAGCCAGCUGUAGCCGACGUCCAGGAGGGACAGAGGCUGGAGCUGGAUUGCUUUGCUCCUGGAAAUCCUCCUCCCAGAGUCACCUGGACUAGAGCCAACGGGCGUCUCUCUUCCAAUCACCAGGUCGUUGGCCGUCAGUUACGGAUCCUGUCAGCCUCCUCUGAUGACUCAGGAGAGUAUUUGUGUCACGUAGAGGACAGCUCAGGCGCUCGGGUCCACCAGGCCUCGGUCUCUGUAUCUGUCACUUCUUCUUCUUCACGUCUACAGAGUCCGAUCAUUGGCAUCGAACCCCACAGCGCCGCGGUACGAGUUGGCGAGUCGGCCAGCUUCAGGUGUCGGGUGUACGGUGGAGCCCAGCCCGUCAGACUGGAGUGGAAAUUGGCCAGCGGCCAGCCGCUGCCAGAAAAUGUUAGAGUUAGCCCGGAUGGUUCGGUUGUCACCGUCAGCAACGCUCGCCCGAUUAACCACGGUGCCUACCGGUGUGUGGCGAGCAACCCGUUUGGCAUCACUCACACCAUAGUGUCCCUGAUCAUUAAAGAGCCUCCUGUGGCCACCGUCACUCCGUCCGGACCUGUGCGGGUCAGGGUGGGAGAGCCCAUUAGCCUGGAAUGUCAGGCUUCAGGAGAGCCCCGCCCCUCGGUGUCAUGGCACAGACUGGACAAAAACCACAAGACCACCCUGAGCAGUCCUGUUCCAAUGGACUCUAACGCAGUCAUGCAGAUACUAAUUGCCCGUCCAGAAGACGGUGGCACAUAUGUGUGCACAGCUCACAGCAGUGAGGGCACUACUGAAACCAGAGUGGAGGUGGUCAUUGAGGGGGGAUCCCAGGUCCCGUCUGCGCCGUGGACCUCAGUUCCAGAACCGCUGAUGACUGUAAUUGAGGGGGAGUCGGUAACUCUUCGCUGUGAGGCCCACGGAUUUCCCUCACCCAAAAUCCGGUGGUCCAAGCUGCGCUCCACUCUGCCCUGGAAACACAAGGUGGUGGACGGCAGUCUGGUCCUGCCAGGCGUUGGCCGCCAGGACUCUGGUGAAUACAUCUGCAGUGCCACUAACAGCUUGGGAACCAGUGAAGUCACCGUCACACUGGAGGUGGAGACUCCUCCUUUUGCCACCUCUGUGCCUGAUGACGUUGCCGUGCGGGUUGGGGAGGUGAUCCGGCUGCAGUGCCUGGCUCACGGCACCCCUCCCCUGACCUACACUUGGACUAAGCUGGAUGGUGAGCUCCCACCAAGAGCUCAGGUUAGCGCUGGAGAUCUCCAGAUCAACCUGGCUUCCCCUGAGGAUGCUGGGAGCUACAAGUGCGUGGCCAGUAACAGCAUUGGCUACAGUGAAGUGCUUGCUAAAGUCACAGUCAGGUCCCCAUUGGCGGUGCGGGUUUCACCUCAGCUUGAGGUUAAAGCUCGGGGCAGCGCUGUGGAGUUCACCUGUUCAUCAGCAGGUGGGAAAGAAACCAAGAUUGAGUGGCUCAAGGAAGGCGGAGCUCUGCCACCAAACCACCACAUAAAAGAAGGAGUACUCAGGAUUGAGAACUUGGAGCAGAGUAAUGAAGGCGUCUACAUCUGCAGAGCGAGCAGCGUGUACGGGCAAGCGCAGGACACGGCCAGGCUGACCAUCCAAGCUCUGCCGAAGGUGAUGAUUAACGUCCGUACCUCAGUGCAGACGGUGAUGAUUGGUAACUCUGUGGAGUUUGAGUGCCAGGCCGUCGGCGACCCCGAGCCCACUGUGAAAUGGAGUAAAGUGGGCAGCGCCCUGCCGUCACACAUCAUGGUAGAAAGGGGCAUGCUGAGGAUCGACCGGGUGAAAGAGGCCGACGCCGGCCAGUACCGCUGCACCGCCACCAACGAUGUGGGCUCAGUCCAGUCUCAGGUGCUUCUUAAUGUCCAGUCUCUUCCUCAAAUUGCUGCUCUACCGGAAGCAAAGGAGGUGACGGUCGGGUCAGAUGCGGUCAUGCCCUGUGUGGCUUCUGGAUUCCCGGUUCCUGAUAUCAAAUGGUCAAAGAUGGAGGGAGAGCUUCCUCCAAAGUGUUCUCAGGAAGCCAAUGUGCUGACGGUACCUCGGGUCAGCCAUGAGGAUUCUGGCACAUACGUCUGCACAGCCUCCAACAAACAGGGCAAGGUGGAAGCCUUUACCAGACUUGAAGUCCAUGAGCGAGUGAUGCCAUACUUUGCCCAAGAACCCACGUCAUACCUCACACUGCCCACCAUCAAAAACGCCUACAAAGCUUUCAGCGUGAAGAUCAACUUCCGACCCGACAACGUUGAUGGUCUCAUCAUGUAUGCUGGCAUGAUCCUCUACAAUGGCCAAAGGAGGACGACAGGAGCUGACUUUAUCUCUCUGGGACUCGUGAGUGGACGCUUGGAGUUCAGGUUUGAUGUGGGAUCUGGGAUGGCCACCAUACGAGACCCUAACCCCAUCAAACUGGGAGAGUUUCAUACCGUUGAGGUGCAUCGCAACCUCACCCAGGGAUACAUCAUUGUUGAUGGAGGGGAGCCAGUGAAUGGCACCUCACAGGGUAAGUUCCAGGGUCUGGAUCUGAAUGAGGAUCUGUAUUUGGGUGGUUACCCCAACUACACGGUCCUUACAAAAACCGCUGGCAUUAAGUCCGGCUUUGUAGGUUGUAUCCGUCAGCUGGUCAUUCAGGGAGAGGAAGUCAUCUUUAAAGACCUGGACAGGAGUUCUACUGGCGUCACAAACUGCCCAACCUGCAAAGACCACCCAUGCCAAAAUGGAGGGAGUUGUGCGGAUUCAGAAGCCAGCUUGUAUAAGUGCAGUUGCCCCAGAGGAUUCACAGGAAGCAACUGCCAGCACCACUCAUCUCUGCACUGUCACUCAGAGGCCUGUGGACCAGACGCUACAUGCAUCAACCGUCCAAGCGGUCUGGGCUAUGACUGCCGCUGCCAUCUUGGCAAGUUUGGAAACAAGUGCACAAAGGGGGAGCUGGUGACAACCCCACUGUUUGAUGGUGAGAAGUCAUACAUAGCCUAUCCUCCCUUGACCAUUGUCCAUGAUGACCUGCGAGUUGAAAUGGAGUUCAAACCACUUCAGAGGAAUGGUCUGAUGUUCUUCUCUGGUGGAAAGAAAAUGAAAGUGGAGGACUUUGUGGCUAUCUCCAUGGUGGAGGGCCAUGUAGAGUUCAGAUAUGAACUGGGCACUGGACAGGCCGUGCUUCUCAGUCCCCAGCCUGUCUCUCUGGGUCAGUGGCACAGAGUGGUGGCUGAGCGGAACAAAAAGGAUGGACACCUGAGGGUGGACAAGGGCCCAGUAGAGAAGAGGACAUCUCCAGGAAAAGCCCAGGGCCUCAAUAUCCACACACCUAUGUACCUGGGAGGAGUCUCCAGCGUGGACAUCCUGCCCAAGCCUGCCAAUGUCAGCAAAAUGUUCGAGGGCUGCAUAGGAGAGGUUUCCAUCAACAACAAGAAGGUGGAUUUGUCCUACAGCUUCACAGAAAGCAGAAUGAUCAGUAAAUGUGUGGAUAACAGCCCGUGUGACCGCCGACCCUGCCUGAACGGUGGAGAGUGCAUGUCAAACAUCGAGUAUGAGUACCAGUGCCUCUGUAAGGAUGGAUUCGAAGGUGAGCGCUGCGAGGUGGUGAGAUUCGCUUGCCAGAGCAACCGCCAUUGCCAAAAUGGAGGGAGCUGCGUUGACGGCAAGUGUGUGUGUGCACCUGGACACACAGGCCUUACUUGUGCUGAAAGCCAGGUCUUCAGCAUCCCAGAGGCUCCUAGGAGUUCAGAAGCUAGCGAGGCAAAUGAUUCACCUUACCAGUACGCAGCUUCUUUCCACAGUGAUGGCUACAUAGCCCUCCCUAAGUCUAUUUUCCCGAGAAGUGCUCAUGACUCACCAGAAACGAUAGAAAUGGAAAUCAAAACCACUUCCUCCGAGGGCCUGAUCCUGUGGCAGGGCGUGGAAACCAGUGGCUCGCGAAAUUUGCGAAAGGUGCAUGCUAGUAAAAAGGCACCUGGGGAACACGGUAAAGGGAAGGACUUCAUCAGCCUGGGAUUAGAAAAUGGACACUUAGUUUUCAGUUACCAGCUGGGAAGCGGAGAGGCAAAAAUUCUGUCCAGGAAGUUGAUCAGUGACGGGAACUGGCAUAAAGUCACAGCAGUCAGAACUGGAAAAGAUGGCUACAUUCAGAUUGAUGGAGGAGAAAUGCUACAUGGGCAGUCUAAAGGCAAAAGCCUGAUGGUCAACACUAAAGGAAGCAUUUACCUCGGUGGUGCUCCCGACAUGUCCGCCACAACAGGAGGGAAGUUUACCUCUGGAAUGGCUGGCUGCGUGAAGAACCUGACGUUGAUGAAUGCUCUCCCAGGACAGCAGUCGGCUCAGGCUGUCGACCUCCAAGCUCACGCAGAUCACGGUGUCAACGUUCAGCCCUGCUCUUCAUAGACACACACACACACUCACAGACUUAACACUCACAGACACAAAUCUGGUGCUUUGCUGCAACCAAAACAAACAUGAUACUUUUCUCUGUGUGCCGUUAAACCAAAACAACAAAUUGAAACUCUUUAAUCGGCUCUGCUCGACUGAGGUGUUGUAUUCUGAACUGAGGACUCUGGAAAAAAAGGACAUCUUCUAAUACUUCCACCAGUUCUUUUAGCCAUGAGAGGAUUAGGAGUAAAGCUCACUCAGCUUUCUACAGCGAGACAAAUCCUACAGAGACGGAGAGUUUUUUACAGCACUGAAUUUUUAUUUAUAUACAUAUGAAUAUAUGCAUAUUAUAUUUGUGGGGGAAACCAUGCAAACUAACCAUAGAACUGCUCUUCAGACUUUCCUUACAGUUAUUUCUGGGUUCUUCUACUGUGUGUCCGAGGUGCAUUAAUACUUGAAGAAGUUUAGGCCUUCUUUCUUCACUUCUGUGGAGGAACCUUAUAUUUUUGCGAGCAUGCUCCUUAGCAAAUUGUCGGGAGAGGAGCGUACACACUCACAUGCAGCUUCAGUGCACAACUCAGGAUGCCAAAUCCAAACCUGCUCGUGUUACAAGUGUUUUAGUGACUGGAUCACCACACCGAUGUGUCGUCUCUGUGUUCUUUUUUUUAAAGAGAAGAAGCUAAUCUUGGUGCUAUUGUCAGACCUGAAGUUGCAACAUUUGCUUCUCUGUCACAUAGAGGUCUUUUUUGUUAGUGAUUUGGCUUUGCUAAGAAACCCAGUUUGGUCGAUCUGCAUGACAUUUGAGGCAAACCUGUUUAUGACGCAGCCAAAUUUGAUUUAGUAGAACUCAAAAAGGAGAAAAGUGUAGUUUUUAUGUGUGGUUAUUGAUUUACUUACUUUGGGUGUGAAAUUAUCUGCAAGUCAAGUGGAUGAGCAUCUCUGUUGAGGAUGAGGCUGUUGAUUGUGUUUGUUUCACUGUGUGUGUGUGUGUGUGUGUGUGUGUGUGUGUGUGUGUGUGUGUGUGUGUGUGUGUGUGUGUGUGUGUGUGUGUGUGUGUGUGUGUGUGUGUGUGUGUGUGUGUACGUUUCCUCAGGAGGGUCAGCCCUGAACUGCCUUGAUUGUUUUGUUUUAUUUCUUUUUAAACAAAAUUAUUAGGUUUGGCGGUUUUAGAGACAGCACGGUGAUCCUCUGAGGGUUCUGUGGGUUGUUCUCUCUGCAGAGGAAGAUCUGCCUUUGGUUUGUAGGAAAGCAGAAGAAGCCUCCAACAGGACACUGUGAUCUGUAUGCGUGCAGCACGCUCGCCCCAUGUGUGACAAGUGAUUCAUUUCAACUUCACUACCAUUAUUUUCUUACAUUUUUGCAUAAAACAUGUCAAUAUUCUAAACCGAGCACUGUCUUUUCACUUUGAGUUGCUUUGUUUUUAUUUAUUUCAUGUAUUUUGUUUUCUCCCCUUUUCCCUGCUUUUGUUGGUUGAUCUGCUUGCUGUUUUCUGCUGUAUCGACUCCCACAUUAUCUGGUUUCUCCCCCCUCUUGUUCAAGCACGUUCCACUCUGUACGAUCCGCACAAAGCACUCAAACAAGCUAGCGGUACUUGAAUGGAGCUUUCUUGAUGACAGAUGGACACUGGUCUUAUUAUUCACUUAAAAACAUAAGUAUUGAAGUCUUAGGCUCCAAAUGCAUGAAUGCAGAGACUGGUGUCACCAUGCGUACAUGGACUAAGAAGAGCAAACCUUCUGCUGCAAGUUUUGGUGUGUACCCCUUGUUGGGUGCUUUUGUGUUUCUGUUCUAAAACUGGAUUGUCAAAAAUGCACUGUCAUUGUUGAGAAAAAACAUUUUCUUUAAAUUUACAUUUUUAAAAGGCCAAUUUUACGUAAACUUUUUUUUUUCCAAAUGAAAGUACGCCAGAUGAAACUUUUCAUGUCAGAAUAUAUUGACUGUUCCAUUUCCUGUGUUGGACACAUUCUCCCCCUGCCUUUCUGUUUCCUAAAUAAAAGCUAAAUUCA